UAAGACACAGUUGGCUCUUCAGCAAUUGACCUCAGUUGCUACCAACAGUUCUGCACCUCCUUAUGCUUGGUUAAAUCAGGCAUUUCUGAAAAGCACAAUGUUUAGCCCUAGAGGAACUUUACCUCAGAGGCCGAGAGGACCUAACCCAUCUGGCACAAAGCCUCCAGGAUCCUUUAGGGGAGGAGGUGCAGCAGGUCUUCAGAGAAAGCCUGCACCUGGAACACCUCAAGGAAUGUCACAAAGAUUUUCAGGACAGGAAACGUUUCAGUGGACGGGUUCACAGAGGAUAAACGUUCGGGUAACUCUGCACAGGCCUGAUCCGAGGAAGGUAAAAGAGAAGACAAACCUACACCAGGAACAGAAGGGAGAGCCUCGCACAAGUCACUGGGAUAGUAGCCCGUGCACAGCUGGGACAACUGGUCAAAAGCCAUCUGCUUCGGCACAGAUCUCAGAGCAGAAUUCAAAUGCCCAGAACCGCUACACACCAGAAAGCGCUUCCAGUAUCUUAGCGAGUUUUGGGCUGUCUAAUGAAGAUUUGGAGGAACUCAGUCGCUAUCCAGAUGAUCAGUUAACGCCUGAAAACAUGCCGCUAAUCUUGAGAGAGAUACGGAUUCGUAAGAUGGGUCAAUCUCUGUCUGGUUUACAUACUCAGAGCCGAGGAGAAGAAACGAUUGGUGGUACGAGUAGUGCAGCAGUCAAGAGUAAAGUGAUUGAUUAUGGGCAUGCAAGCAAAUACGGUUACACUGAAGAUCCUCUUGAAGUGCAUGCUUAUAAUCCUGAAGUGCUGACUGAAGAUCCUCUCAAAGCACGUGUCUAUAAUCCUGAAGCAUCGAGUGGAGAGAACAGGGAAGACUUCCAACGAGAGCAGAAUAUGUCAAUGAGUGUCCCGCCGUCUAGCGUGACGUGUAAUCCAGUGUUUCCAGUUGAAGAUACAAUAAAACCGACGGGGUUCCAGAAUGAUUCCUCAAAUACUCAGUCGUUUUUUCCAGCUGAGACUACGGGAAAGGUGUCCGGAUUGUGUGUAACACCCACUGGACUCCCUGUGGUGAAACCUGUAUCCCAGCCUGCAAUACAGCCUGCAAUACCGCCUGUCCUGCCACUUAUGAUGCCACCUAUAAUGCCACCCUUGGCACAGCCCAUAAUGCCACCUGUCAUGCCACCUCUUGUCCAGCAGUCUAUCACCCAGCACGUAAUGCCACCGAUGACCCACCCACCCUUUUCAGCUGGACUUCUUGCAGCUAUAAGCCGUCAUGAAAGAGCUCAGCAUGAAUCUGGGACGAGCCAGUCUAAUGCCCAGAGCAGCUCGGGAGCAGGACAGAAGACCUUCCAGACACAGGCUGAGGGGCCAAUUAAAUCUCCUUUUGGUAUUGUGAAAGCAUCAUGGCUUCCAGUGUUUCCGCAGUCUGAUGCCCAGAAGAUAAAAAGAUUGCCCACUCCAUCAAUGAUGAAUGACUACUAUGCUACAUCUCCAAGAAUAUUUCCACAUAUGUGUUCUCUGUGUAACAUUGAAUGCACUCAUAUGAAGGACUGGAUUCUGCAUCAGAACACUCCUUCUCACAUUGAAAGCUGCCGCCAGUUACGUCAACAAUACCCCGAUUGGAACCCUGAGUCUCAUUCCUCAAAGAGAAAUGCUGGUGACAGAAAAGAAAACCAGACCCCAAAGCGUCGUUCCAACUCUGCCAGUCCCAGUCCUAGACGUUCGAGGGUCACAGGCUCCAGCUAUGCUCUUCGCCGAUCACGAUCGAGAUCCAGGAGCCCUGGCCGCUUCAGGCCAACAAGGCCAAGAAGUCGAAGCCCGCGGCAGAUGCGACGACUUAGCCCCAGACACAGGUCAAGGUCACCGCAGCGAUCGAGAAAUCCACUGAGAACUAGUCCACGACCUCAGAGAUCUUCCAGUAAUGAUUGGUCAUCAAGGAGGUCAACCCGAUCUCAAGACAGAAAGGCAGCUCUGGAGGCAGUAGUGAAAAGUUUGGGACCUGGCUUUGUAGCAGAGUUCAAUAAACAUAAGUCACUUCAAGCAGCUGGGCAGGGAUCUUCGGGAUCAGGAAAAUCACCACCCUCUCAUGGACUUUUAAGGAAGAUGCCAGGAAAUACAAAGAAGCCACUGAAAACAAGUGUUUCUUCAAAGGCUUCAAAGAAAGAUGUGCCUUCUUUGCCUGGGUCAAGUUCUUCAUCUCCUGAAACUGAUGAUUUACCCCAAAGCAAAGAAAUGGAAGAGAAUGAGGAAGACUUAUCCACAGGAACCAGUGGACCUCGUCCUACUUCUUAUAAUAGACUGUUGAGAGAGGAAUUGCUGAGUUGUGGGACAGUCCUUCAAAUAUCUGAUUUACCAGAUGAUGGCUUUUCAGAUCAAGAUAUUAAAAAAAUUGUUCAGCCAUUUGGCAAAGUUAGUGAUCUCAUUGUACUUCGCUCUAGAAAUGAGGCCUUCUUGGAAAUGAACUACAAAGAAGCUGUGAUAGCAGCUGUGAAAUACGGUGAAACUGUGCCAGUGCUGGUAAAUGGGAAACGGGUAAAAAUAAGUGUAGCAGAGAAGCCAAAAGCAUCUCCUGGCCAGGCCAAAAUGAGUAUCAAAAAAAGGGCUCAGAAUAUUAAAAAAGUUGCAUCAAGUACAAAGAAAGACCAGAACACCACCACCAAGAGAACUAAAUCUAUUACAGGUAAAAAAGAAAGGACUAAGAAAUCAACAAUGACGGGAGAUAGUAAAAUCAAGAAAACUUCAAAUACUGUGGCAAAAUCUACAGAUGAAGACCUUCAGCUCUCAACAGAAGCCGAAAUGGAAGUUGGGGAAAUGGAGCUGUCAGAUGCAAAGAACAUUACAGAAGGGGACACAGUUACAGAGCCUGUGAAGAUGGUAGAGACUCAGUGCAAAGGAUUGAGUAAUCCUGCACUUGUAUUAGAGAGACUUGCACAGAUGCCUCAGGUGGCGGCAUUGCAUUUGGAUCGGCUUAAUGAAGCUUUAAUUGAUCAAGAAGCUACGGUAACGACUACGAAGAGUGAAGAAUCAACAGAACCAGCUAGCAAGGUCAGUCUAAAGGUGAUUGAAUCCAUGGAAUUUGAACUUGAUGAUAUAUGUGUGGUUCUUAUUUCAAACUUGCCUGAGAGAGGAUUUUCUGUUGAGGAAGUUUCCAACCUAGCAAAGCCAUUUGGAGGUCUGAGGGAUGUGCUAAUUUUAUCAUCUCAUAAAAAGGCAUAUCUUGAAAUAAAUAGAAAAUCUGCAGAUUCCAUGGUUAAAUUUUACACCUGCUUUCCAAUGUCACUGGAUGGAAAUCAGCUCUGCAUCAACAUGGUGCCUCAGCAUAAGACUAUAAAAGAUGAAGAAGCAAUAUUUACUGCUAUAAUUAAAGAUUCUGACCCUGAGGUAAAUACUGAAACUAUUCAUAAUCAGUUUGUGCAUCUUGGGAACUUGCCAGAUGAUGGAUACAGAGAACUUGAAGCAGUUUGUGUGGGACUUCGAUUUGGAAAAGUAGAUCAUUAUGUUGUACUGAAGAAUAAAAACAAGGCAAUUCUGCAGCUGGAUAGUGCCAAGUCAGCCAGGUCAAUGUACAGCUUCCUGAAGCAAUAUCCGUACAAUAUGGGUGAGCAUACAUUGACCUGUACAUUGUCACCCAAAGGAGAGUCUGCUGAGGCUGAAGUUGUGAGAAAAGUAGUGAAGAGAGAGGAACCAAGCAAAGGAAGCUCUGGCUUGAAAAAAUAUCCAGAGGGAUCAGGAGUGGUGCAAACAGCAGCUGCUAAUCCUCCAGUAGAGCCUAGUGUGGCAAAGAAAGGAGCCAUUUCCAUCUCUAAUGUCAAAGACGAGAUGUCAGCAGUACAGAUAGAGCCCUCUGAGUCCCAUCUUGAAAGAGCAGUAAGGGAGUCUGCUGCAAGACUGGCAGAAACGUCUACAGAGAGAGUGGACCCUGGAGUUGCAGUUACUGUGGCAUCUAUCAAAUCCGCUGAUACCAAGUCGUCUGAAGCGAAGUCAGAAGAGAUGCUACUGCCACCUUCCAGUGUGGAGAAAGAAGAGGCAGUUAAAGAUAAUACCGAACCAAAGUCGUCUGAAUCUGCUGUUGUAUCUGCAUCAGAGAAGGAAAUUAAAGAGAAAGAUGAAGAAUUGUCAUCUUCUGCCAUCGAACCAGCAGAAGAAUUGUCUGAUGUGGGCAAGGCUGAAGCUGUGUCAUCAGAUUGUGCUGUGAAGCUGGCAGCAGGGGAUACGACAGGGGCUGUCCCUGAAGCAGUGCCCCCUGAUUCUGUUGCAGCUUCAGUGGAGAUGGUGUCAUCUGUUGUCAUACAAGCGAACAACAAGUUGGAUGCUCCUGAAAAAAAUCCUGUUUCUGAUGCUGUGAAAACUGAGCAUGAAAUGCCUGUAACUCAGAUAACAGAGAAGAAACCUGUACUUAAAACUGGGGCAGCCGUGGAGAAGAAACUGGAUGUAGCUGGAGCAGACAAAGAGAUGAAACCAGAAGAGUCUGCGGUCAAAGUUGGAAGAACUCCAGAGGAGAACCCUGGAAAGCUUUUGGUGAAGACUGGGGCAGAGACAGAGAAGAAACUUGAAAAAUUUGUGGCCAAGGUUGAGGCUGCUGUGGAAAAUGCUGCAAAUGCUGUCAACGAGAGCAACGAGGGAAGUUUAAUCAAAGCCCAUCAAAAUAAAGGAACAGGACCAGCAAAAACUGAUGAAACCUGCAAAGCAGUUACGUUAAACUCCUCUUUUUCUGUCAAGGAAUCUUCCGCUGUUGGUAAAAUGAUUUUAAAGGCAGUGGUGUCUCUUCCGGAUAUAUCAAAGUCAAGGGUUCCAGUACAGAGAAAUGAGCCUUCCCUGUGUAAAGGAGGGGAGCAGAAAACUCCCUCAAAACCUGAGACCCGAAGCCAAGCAGCGGUGGAGAAGAAAAUCGUGUCAAAAGAAGAGGGUCAUCCGAGACCUGGUAGCAGCCCAUCAAGCCUGGGAGAUGGCAGCGGCAAAUGUAAAGUGAGCAGAAGUUCUGUUGUUGAUGGAGAGGCAGGCAAUGGGAGGAAUUCACCUCAGCAAGAGAAGGACUCACGAGUGGAAUCUAGGGCUAGUUCAAAACAGUCUCAAGAGGGAGAGAGUAGAUCAUCCAACAUGAAGAAAGACAACAGCAGCAAUAAGGCUUCUGUUGGUGGCAAUACUAAAACUUCAAAGAGUGGCACUACCAGCAGUGCAAAACAAAAGGAGGAAGAAGAGCUGUUUCCAUUUAACCUGGAUGAAUUUGUUACUGUGGAUGAGGUCGUAGAGGAAAUCGAGUCUCCCAUUAAAACACGGCAAAAUCCACCGAGGGGAAAGAGAAAAGAUGGUGCUAAAGACAAUAGCUCCUCUGAGCCUAGUUCCAAGAGAAGGAAAGGGAAGAGCUCCAUAGCACGCAUUGCUGAAACCGAACUCUCUUUUGUCACUUUGGAUGAAAUCGGUGAGGAGGAGGAUGGGACUGCACAGCUAAUGGGAACUGCUAAUUUAGAAGCGCUCAGUGACCCGCAGGGCCUGGUUGUAGUGGAUGAAGUGAUCGAAGAGGAAGAACUUAUGUCAGAAGCAGUAAAGGACCCACAGUCGCUUGUUACUUUGGAUGAGAUAUCUGAACAGGAGGACCUUAGUUCUCAGAAAGACGUCCCUAGGUCAGUUUUUGAGGAGCAGGAUUUGAAAGCUGAACCCUUGCUAACUGUAGAUGAAAUUGGUGAAGUAGAAGAGCUGCCUCUGAACGAGCCUACUGACUUGAAUAUUGAGGAUGUGCUGAAACAGAAGGAGGAUGAUAAAGUGGCUGCAGAGGAUACUGGAGAUGGUGCUUCCUCCCAGCCGCCUGAUGAUCCCAGUGCUUUAGUGACAGUAGAUGAAAUACAAGAGGAUAAUGAAGAUAACCCUCUUGUGACUCUGGAUGAAGUUAAUGAAGAUGAAGACGAUUUUCUGGCUGAUUUCAACCGUCUAAAAGAGGAACUAAACUUUGUUACAGUAGAUGAAGUUGGAGAGGAGGACGAGGAAGAAGAAAAUACUUUCCCAGGGAAAAAUCUGAAUGAGGAUGAAGAUGAUGAAGAUAUUGUUGCUGUUGCAGGACCAGAAGAAGAAGAAAUUGCUGCCAUUGCAGGACCAGAAGAGGAGGAUAUUGUUGCUGUUGCAGGACCAGAAGAAAUGGAAAUUCUAGGAAAUAUGAGUCCAGAAGAAGAAAUUAUGGCAAUCUCAAAGUCAAAAGAUCAGCUGGGAUCAGGAGAUAAAGAACCAGAGCCUAAGCGGAAGAAAAUUGCUUCUUCAGAUGUAUCAAAGACGCAGAGUACUCCAAAAGAUUUGGAUUACCUAGUUCCAAAGGCUGGCUUUUUCUGUCAGAUCUGCUCGCUGUUCUAUGCAGAUGAAAUAUCUGUGAAAAAUCACUGCAAGACACCUCUUCAUCAACAAAACAUGGAGAAAUUCAUGGCCAAGCAGAAGGAUGAGGAUAACGAUGGGGAAGAGCGGAGUUCAAGGUGAUUGGAGGAAAGAAGAAUUCUUUCAGUGAAUUAAACUUAGGGUCCAGUCAAUUUUGUGUAUUUUGUUAUGAUUUAAUUUGUAAUUUUGUUUCAGAAACAAGCAUUCAUGUUGUAUAAAUUUGAGCUCAGUAUAGACAGACUAAAAGAAAAACAUGUGGUGGCUUUGAUUUGUAUAUCAA